AAUCAGUUCAUGGGAAAGCCACAAAUCUAUAAAUAUGGAACAUACUACGUGGACAGCAACGUGACAAUCACACCGACCAAUGAUGACCAGAACGAGAUCUUCUCCUGUAGAGUCCGACAUGACUCUCUACAAGAACCUCUGCAGAGGGACUUCCUGCUUGUCUAUGAAGAUAUACCAUACCAUAACAUACCAGAGACACCGUACACUGUGGUGAUUGUAGUCUGUAUUCUGGUUCUGAUUACGAUAAUUGCAGUUGUGAUUGGAAUAUUUUUGUGGUGGCGAAAAUACAGAAAAAAAGGUAAUACACAUGAAAACUUGCAAAUUGUUGUACUUUCAGGUAUGAAAAUUAUAUCAAUAUAUACUAUGUCCUCAGGGAUGGUGCUAGACUAUUUUGCACCCUAG